AUGGAACUGCUUGAACUGUACUUUGAAGUCUCUUUGCGACCACAUUUGGUCUUCGAGGAAAGGUCAUGGAGUCGAUGGCGAGUACGACGGGUGAUGUGGAUCAUCGGCUGCGCAAACACUGUAUGCCAGGCCGCUCGUUACGCCGGGCAGCACGACUCGCUGUUGCUCCACGACGAGCGGCUCGGGCAACACCCCGACCACGACAGAAGAUCUCCGAACGGCUCAGAAAAGCUUCAACACGAUCCUAAUCAUCAGCAACGGCCGACCUUGUAUGUGCGAUGGCUCGAAGACUGGUGGCUCGGCGAGCUCGUUGCCGUGGUUUCUAGUUGCGCCCUGGUUGUCGCCCUUUGCAUCAUUCUCAAGAAGUACGAUGGAGAGCGGAUGCCUUCGUUUUCAACCUGGUUCAACUCGAGUAUUACGCUGGGUACGCUGGUGUCGCUGCUUACCACGCUGGCCGUCGCGAUGGCGCUCUCAACGGUGCAAGAGUGCCUCAGCCAGCUUAAGUGGCUUUGGUAUUCGGGCGCGAGCCGGCCGCUGGGUGAUUUCAAGACGUACGAUCGUGCCAGUCGUGGGCUCAUCGGCAGCGUGCAGCUGCUGUGGAAACUCCGCCUUACGCCCACUGCCUCCUUUGGUGCGAUACUCACGGUCGCCCAUCUGGCGGUUGCACCACUUGCGCAACAGUCGCUGCUGUACCGGUCGGUACCCGUCGUCGAAAUACAUGGAAAGGCCACUAUACCUAGCACGAAGGAUUGGACAGAGGCCCAACAGCAGACUCAGACCUUGAAAAUGCCUGAUGGCUACGCUUCUAUCUCUCCAGGAAUGAAAGGUGCUAUAUUUAAUGGCUUCUUUGCAAGCGCCAACGUCACAAUCAACGAUACUCUGCCGACCUGCUCAACUGGCAAUUGCGUAUUUCCCAACUAUCAGUCCUUAGCCAUCUGCGCAUCGAGCGCCGACGUGACUCCUCAUCUUCAAAACUUAACAACGGAAGGAGAGGUUAGAUGGUGUCUCCCCGGCGGAUUUUGUGCCUCCAACAACGUCACCACCGUAAGCUAUAUGAGCGCCAAUAUCACCUCGGCCGUAACCCAGGCUGAUAAGGACGCCACCGAAGAACUUCUGUCGCCACUUAACUACACAUCGCUUGCUUUCGCCGAUUAUAUCACUCCCGUAGGCGACUUCUACAUCAUUUACAAAAACCAGACCAAGUCCAGUGAGACGCUCUGGGCGGCAGUGGAGUUCGUGCUCGACUGGUGCGUGCCCACGUUUUCCACACAGGUCAUCAACGGCACCGCCGUUACCUCACGGGGGCCGGAUCCCUUCAUGGACUUUGACGCUGAGCCCCAUUCUACGAUCACGGGACGUAUAGGCGGCGAGGACAUCACUGUAGACACACUCUCACACUACACGCUGCAGCGCUACCUGAACCUCUCGCUAUCCGGCGGCGCCUAUCUGGCCGAAACCGACACUUACGCCGACUCUGAUCAGGUGCAGAAGCUGGUCACUUUUUUCGGCAUCGGUGGCCAAGAAACGGAUUUAUCGACGACGCGCGUGGACGGCCUCGCUGCCCUGGACGCCAUGCUCGCGAACACGGCUACAAGCAUGACCAACUACAUACGCUCAGUGCUAAAGACAGACCACGUUAACGGCACCGCCUUUGUUCAGCAGAACGUUGUGCACGUGAGCUGGUCGUGGAUCGCCGCGCCCAUUGUCUUCUGCGCAGCCAGUCUGCUUUUUUUCGUUGCCGUUGUCGCACUCUGCAGUGUCCGCCGCACUGUCAGGCCGCCCUUGUGGAAGUCCAGCGUCGUCGCUACCCUGCGCUGCCUCGACCCAGGUCUGCAUCGUGAGCUAGGCGGCCCUCCAGGUCGGAUGGCUACAAGUGGAGCCGCUGACAAGUUGAGUGUGCGGCUUGUGCGUGACGGCGAGGGCUGGCUGCUGGUUCGAGGCACGUCCGCCAAGUCUAAUACGAGCAUACGAAUGCCCUGA